AUGGCACAUGGCAUGCCUUUCUCGGACAGUGAUCAUAACUACGGAGGUACGAAAAACGAGUCGAGUAGGAGAGGUAACAGACAAGGAAUCCCGGCCAAAGUCAUUUCAGAAUUGCUGUGGUAGGCGCUGGAUGCUGCUUAGGUUGCGCGCACAUGAUGCCCCGGACUGACUGCAGGAUCCCCACAAGUCUAAUGAAGCUUAGGCGCUUUAAGCCAACUCUCCACGACCAGAGACGCCUGGCUGGUGGUUGCAAAGUGUGCAGUCCAGCACGGCUAAGCAACCCUGAUCGCAGAUCAAAACUCCCAUCUGGUGAUCCGCACCUUGCCAUUUCUACAGACUUUCAUUGUCGUCGCCGCCAACUUCUUUAUUCCUCCGGCUUAAAGCAAAAUGCACCUUUGGCUCUGCCGAGUCCAGCGACCAAGCCAUUGACUGCCUUCCUAAACUCACGUCAAAUAAAAGCGUUCCUCAGUGCAGCCAUGCCCGACCUAAGCCCGCAAUCCGAGGCGCAGUCUUCGUCCACUCCAGCUCAAGGGCAGGCUUCGAAUUUACAACCAGGAACGACAAAAGCGCCGGACAAUCAGACUCCAGGACAUCCAAGCUUUAGAAGGCAGCGCGCAUCUCGAGCAUGUGAAACAUGUCAUGCACGCAAAGUAUGUCAAUGCACUUCUCAGUGUACUGCCACAAGAGCGAUCAAUUGAUCACAAUUCUAACAUGGCCAUCUGAUAGGUGCGAUGCGAUGCAGCAUCCCUUGGGGUACCUUGCACAAAUUGCGUGGCAUUUUCAAUAGAAUGCCGCAUACCUGUCCCCAAAAGAAAAAGAGCCAGUACAGCUCGUGCCAAAGAUGA